CUUUGCUGGCCAAGUCUUGACAGUCAGUAGCUAGCAGUGAGCUGUAUGCUAAUGUUAGCAGACGGGGGAGAAAUGCCGUUAUGGUCAAAAAGUGCGGAAAACGCCUUUAGUUUGGCGGGGUUGGUUUAAGUGGUGCCAGGAAUCGCCGGGACUUAGAGGAAGCUCGGGCGUGGAUGUAGACGGGCCCCAGCUGCUUAAGGAUCUGAUCAUAUGAGGGGAGACCACUUCAAAGUGGAUGAAACUAGGUCAGGCUGAAUCAAACCAGACUCAGACCAGAUCACAACCGAGCAGGCCAGAUUGAUUCAGACGAUACCAGGCCCGUCCAGGAAGCCUGUUCCAGUUUCCUGUCCAGUUGAGGGCUCCAGAGUGGAUGGAAGGAGAUGAUUUUAACACACAGGCUGUGAUGAACAUCUGUGAUGACCUGAUGGCAGACCAAAGGAUGGACAUCUCGUCUACAAUGACCGACUUCAUGUCCCCCAGCUCCACUGACCUCAUCUCCAGUUCCAUCAGCACGCCUGGCAUGGACUACACCCGCAAAAGGAAAGGCAGCACCACCGACUACCAAAUUGAUGGCUUCUCAUUUGAUGACAUGGACCCAGAUAAAGAUAAACUGGGCAGUGACCAACAGGGCAGGAUUAAGAAUGCCAGAGAGGCCCAUAGCCAGAUUGAGAAACGUCGCAGAGACAAGAUGAACAGCUUCAUCGAUGAGCUGGCGUCACUGGUGCCCACCUGCAAUGCCAUGUCCCGCAAGCUGGAUAAACUGACAGUCCUCCGGAUGGCUGUCCAACACAUGAAGACGCUCCGAGGUGCAGCCAACCCGUACACAGAGGCAAACUACAAGCCUUCCUUCCUCUCAGAUGAUGAACUGAAGCACUUGAUACUAAGGGCUGCUGAUGGCUUCCUGUUUGUGGUCGGAUGCGAUCGUGGCAAGAUCCUGUUUGUUUCUGAAUCCGUGUACAAGAUUCUCAACUACAGCCAGAAUGACCUGAUAGGUCAGAGCCUGUUUGACUACCUUCACCCCAAGGACAUCGCCAAGGUCAAAGAGCAGCUGUCGUCCUCUGAUACAGCCCCACGAGAGAGACUCAUCGAUGCUAAAACUGGUCUUCCUGUGAAGACGGACAUCACCCCCGGUCCUUCUAGACUCUGUUCUGGAGCUAGGCGGUCAUUUUUCUGCAGGAUGAAGUGCAACAGGCAGUCUGUCAAAGUAGAAGAUAAAGACUUUCCCUCCACCUGCUCUAAGAAAAAAGCGGACCGUAAGAGCUUCUGCACUAUCCACAGCACAGGCUACUUGAAGAGCUGGCCACCUACCAAGAUGGGUCUCGACGAAGACAAUGAACCCGACAACGAGGGCUGCAACCUGAGCUGCCUGGUGGCCAUCGGCCGCCUGCACCCCCACAUCGUCCCCCAGCCCAGCCUGGCAGACAUCAGGGUGAAGCCGACAGAGUACGUCUCCCGGCACGCCAUCGACGGCAAGUUCGUCUUCGUUGACCAGAGAGCCACAGCAAUCCUAGCCUACCUACCCCAGGAGCUGCUGGGAACUUCCUUCUAUGAGUAUUUCCACCAGGACGACAUCAGCCACCUGGCAGAAUGUCAUAGACAAGUGCUACAGAUGAGGGAGAAGAUCAACACCAACUGUUACAAGUUCAAGAUCAAAGAUGGCUCCUUCAUCACGUUAAGAAGCAGAUGGUUCAGCUUUAUGAAUCCCUGGACCAAGGAGGUGGAGUACAUCGUGUCUACCAACACUGUGGUGUCGUGUCCUAUGAUGGAGGGAUCAGAUUACCCUCAGUCUGCUGCCUCUCCACAGAGUAUGGACAGCGUCCUGACCUCAGAGGGUGGGGGGAGGCGGGCGCUGCAGACGGUGCCUGGUAUCCCCGGCGGCACAAGAGCGGGAGCUGGGAAGAUUGGACGCAUGAUUGCUGAGGAAGUGAUGGAGAUCCAGAGGAUUCGAGGCUCCUCCCCCUCCAGCUGUGGCUCCAGCCCUCUGAAUAUUACCAGCACACCUCCACCCGACACCUGCUCCCCAGGGGGCAAGAAGAUUCAGAACGGAGGGACGCCCGAGCUGCAAAGCACGGGGAUGCUUCCUGGACCCGACUCUGUUGGCUACCCCUACUCCAACCAGUCCAUCAUGAGUGACAACUCCCACCUGAGCAUAGACAUCAUGGAUGAGCCCGGUUCCAGCAGCCCCAGCAACGACGAGGCGGCCAUGGCUGUCAUUAUGUCCUUGCUGGAGGCGGACGCUGGCCUCGGGGGGCCCGUCGACUUCAGCGACCUACCCUGGCCGUUGUGAGGAAGCUGGGAGGGACGAGCCGGAGCUGCUGACGUGGGGUCGACGUCUGGUUGCCACGUUUUCCAACCUGUGUGCAUGACGGCACCGCAAAAAUGUCCAUCUUAACAAAAAAAAGGAAGAAAAAAAACCGCUCUGUAGAUACAGAGGAGAUCCUCUCUCUUUAGGUGUCCAUCAGACUGGAUGGCCGUUAGGUUUCACCCCCAAGUUUUUGGUUCGUCAUUCCCUGCAGGUGGAGCUGAGAUGCUGUUAAGAUGCUAAUUUUUCCAGUGCUGGUUUUCUAACGUUGCCACGGUGAGAAACCAUUUCUCUAACAACGGCGGUGCUGACAUGUCGAUGCUCCUUCACUCUCUACCCCAUCAACGCAAAUUAACAGAAGGCCCCCCUCCCCUCCCCAAGACACUCGAGACGGUGGCAGAAGUUUAAUGGUGUUGUUGGGUGGUGAGCCCCCUGUCUCUGAGGUUUCCCUGUAGGAUACUGUACAAGCACGAGGACGUGAACACACAACAGAAGAUACUCAGAGGACCUUUAUUCUCAAAAUUCCACUACCAGGUGUAUCUCAUGUAUUUAAAUUCUUCCUUCUUUUUUGUAAAGACUGAAUUGUUUUGGAAGGCACCGCCCAGCUGCUGUUUCCAGAGUUUACGCAAACUUUUACUCCAAGCUGCUCAUCCUCGUCUGUUUCCUCAGAAAUACCGAACUUCUCAGUUUCCUUCUGUGUUCACUCAAACAGCCUGCAGUGCUUCUGAGAGAGGCAUUAGGAAGCUAGAAAAAAAAAGGCGAAAGCGCUGGAAUUGAGGGGGGGUUGUUGGGUUGAGGAUCCCUGUGCAUGUGCCUGUGUGUGUGUUGAGAAACAGACCAGUAAGGUUUAACAGGUUGGCCCAUGUGGCCUUGCUUAUAAAUCAAACUGAUCUUUUUACUGUUAUUUUCUAGUGAAUGCAGACAUGCUUCCCAUACGGAAGAAGGAGGAAUAAGUUGAAACAUUGCAAAUAUAAUAAAAAUCCCAGCAGUAAGCGAGACGGGUGUGCAGGAGCUCCGUUAGGUCGGGGUUCCCUGCGUCACGUGUUCCCGUCUAUUUAAAAGGCGCUGGUGAAAUAAAGCAGGCGAUUAGAACAGCCUCGGGAUCGUGGAUAGAUUUAAGAGGGACUAAACACAGCCACGGGUCUAAACUCACACACGCCUACCAAGGACCAAACGCCACACGGCUGCAGUAAUAACACGACGUAGUCGAUGGUACUGCUGCUGUCUGCUUGCGUAUGAACAUAAAAAAUGCAGAGUAAAAGCGGACAGUGGCUGCAGUGGUUUUAAUACUCUGGUUCUUAUUUUAGAACUUAAUCUUUCUCUUCAGCCCACAGAGCGGUUCUUCCUCAUACCAAUCCAAAUGCUCUCUGCAGGUAGACGGGCGUGGACGCAGUGUAGUGUAGAUUCUCCACGGAUGUGGUCACAUGUGGUCCAUGUGGUCACAGAGAACAGGCAGGCGAGCAGACAUCCACACAGAUCCUCACACUCACUGAUUGCAAAGCCUCGAAGGUCCGUUUGGUUCGUAAUUUGUGACAAAUUUGCAUCACUCAGACUCGAGCAGACUCCAGAAUCUUAUUUUUUCAGCGUCAUCUUUACCGAGUUCCCAGCUCGCCUGCUACACUUGCAGUUUUAAAUCUUUGCAUUAUUGGCAAGUGAUGCUUUAUUAACCCACGUUAAGCUUUUUCCUUUCACCACUGAAGCUUUUUAAAUGACUGGUGCUCAGUAGUGAUCUUAAGUCCAAACUACUGAAGCCAUCUAUUUAAAAAAAAAGAAAAAAAAA